AUGCUGGAGGUGCUGCUGAACAGGCUAGACGAUAUGGAACGUAAAUUGUCGGACCUUCAAACCGAGUUGAAAGAGCACCGCGAGGAAGUGGAACGGAACCGCAUCCCGGAUUGCGUCUUGUCAACACCAGCACCACCGGAGCUAAAUAGUACCACACCAACAACACUGCCAACAACCAGUACAACGCAACCGACGGAGACUGAUCCAGAAAUCUACACAUCGUGCCAGGAUACACCAAUAAAAGUGUCGGGAGUGUAUUCCAUCCGCGUGAAGAACGAUAGUGAACCUAUUAAGGUUUAUUGUGAGAUGGAAAAGUUUAGAGGCGGAUGGAUUGUCCUCCAACAUCGAUUCGAUGGCUCGGUUGAUUUUUAUCGUGACUGGGUAGAAUACCGCGAGGGCUUUGGAGAUUUGAACAGUGAAUUUUGGCUCGGGCUGGAGCACGUUCACCAACUCACAACCUCUCGUAAGUUUGAGUUGAUCGUGGAGCUUGAGGACUUUAAUGGCAAUUCAGGAUACGCACGCUACAAUGCAUUUCAAAUAGGCAGUGAGAAGGAAAAAUACAAGCUUAAAAACGUGGGACCGUAUAUUGGCAGUAUAGGUAUGACCGUGCUCAAAGUAUUGCGAUUGUUAAGUCGACGUUAG